GAUCCCUCCUUCGGUAUUUCUCCCACUUCUAUAAUCCAUCUUUAUUACUAUUACCGGUAUUGUUAUUAUCUUUUGUCUGGCAGGUAGGCAGGUGGGUCACAUCGCUGCUGAAACAUACCUACCUUACCAUAUGGCAAUUCGCUUUCCUUUCUUUCCUUUCCCUUUCACUUAAAGAUCUGUUCAGCCCCUUCUCAUCCCCGGCCUUCUCAAAAUCUAUUUUUUUUUGACUCCUUCUCCUCCUCCUCUCCCUCCCUCUCCCUCUCUUUUUUACCUCUCCUAAUCUACUGAUAUCUGUCUUUGUGCUUUCCUCGUUCAUUUAUCAUUGUCUCCGCUGUGCACCUGCCGUUCCCUUCUUUUUCAUACAUACACACAGGCCCCAACCCGCCCAAAUACAUAAGCAGCAUCCUCCAUAGCAUAAGCAGAAGCAGAAUCACAAGCAGCUACCCGGCCACUUUCUCUUGGAUAACCUUUUUUCCGCACCUGGGUAUAUUCAUAACAUAUCUUGCAUUGCAUUGCAUUGCACAUUCACUCACCGGCUCCUUUAUUUUAUUUUUUCCCUUUUUUCCUUCCUCUGCAUCCGUGGCUUUGCCGCUGGUUUCCGUCCCGGGGCGAUCGAGUGUGUAGCAUUAUUGUUUGUUCCUCGAGGUAUACCGGUGGGUUAGCGUGUUCGAACCUCUGAUAUCUUUCCAUCUUUGAGGGGCGGGCUCAUUUGCGCUUGUUGCGUCAUAAGCGGUUGGUUGGGGUUUAUUGCAACUCGCAUUACCGACGAGUAAGGCAAGUGAUCUCUUCCGUUUCCCUUCCUUCCCUCCCCCUUGUCGCUCCCCCCAACCAGCCAAUCCCCACGUCCCCCGAGUUUUCAGGUCCCGGUUACCUCCAUUUCCAAUUGGACAGCCCGUUAUUAACUUGACCUCCAUCAAGCCGAUUAUUGUUCGUUCCCCUACCUUCAUCCCGGAAUCAUCCAAUCGCGUGCGACAUGGAUUCCGCCCUCGCUCAUUCGUUUUCAGGCUACUCACAGCCCGAGCAUCGCUUGAAUCGCAUACUGCAGUUCCAUCCGCACUUACAGCUAGUCGACGACUCUAGCCGUUUUGCCUCGAAUUCUUCGUCAUCGGUCUCCCUGACAUCCAUGUUUCCCAUGCCCGGUGGUGGCCCUUGCAAUAAUAAUGAUAAUAAUUUUCAAUAUUCUCAGCCUCCGCCGCCCCCACCACCACUAUUGUCGUUAUCGAGGAGAGGUUCGGAUUGUAGCGUUUUGAGCAAUGCUUCGUCCGACGGGGAUGGGGGAGUUCUAAUGAUGGUCGAAUCGAGAUGCCGACUCACCCGCGAACAGGUUCAAUUGCUCGAGCGUCAGUUUUCUGACUCUCCGAAGCCCAACACUAAGAUCCGUAGGGCUUUGGCUGACAAAACUGGUCUGUCUGUACAACGCGUUGGGGUGAGUACAUUGUAGAAGUGGGGGGAAAAGGAUUCCAUUCAAAACUUCCUAAUUACACACGGUCUGCCCACAAUACUAUCACCUCGGAAUUUUCUCCCGUUGUGUUACCGUUCCGUGCCCUUAAUUCACCUUCCCUAUAUAACCUCUCCGCAUCUCUUUUUUCGUCGCUCUACUGCUACUUGUUUGUGCCUCGUUCUUUUUUUUUUUUUUUUUUUUUAUAACCAGAAAGUAUCUAACUUUUCUUUCUCUCCUUUUGUUGAGUAGAAUUGGUUUCAAAACCGACGAGCCAAAGCGAAGCAACAAAAACGACAAGAGGAAAUGCAAACGAGGCAGAUACUCGCAUCGGCCGGCCGACGGCGAGCAACCGAGCCUUCUUCACCCGCUUCCUCAAGUCCUUUACUGCUACCAACCGGCACCACUACCGCCAGUAGUGGCUCAACCUUCCCAGCGGAUGGCAUGAUGAUUGCUCCAAAGCCCCCGCGUCGGGCAAAGUCGUUCGCGGACAUCCCUUCGACGCCCGCUCGUUUCGCCGAGAAACACGGGGAGGGCGCCUCUCCUUACUCCUCGCCUUCUGAAGCUAGUUAUGCUUCGUUGGCGCGAUCGCUUGCUAUUGCUGCAGCCGCGGCGGCGCAGGCAGAUUCAGUUGGGGGAUUCCAGGAGAAUUCCCACGAGAUUCCUAGUCAAUCUCAACCACAAUCACAGCUUCCGGGAUAUAUGCAUCCGUUCACUCUGGGUGGGACGGAGAGUCCAUGGCCAAUAUCCCGGUUCUCGGACUAUGGCUCUAGUACCGCUUCUUCAAUAAUAUACACUCCGACACCGGCAGGUCAGUUGGAGGACCCGUUCGAGUAUGACCAGAUACCUCCAGACUCUGAUCACUGCUACGAUGGUGGCAAUUCACAAUCGAAUGAUGAUUCGGCUGAACCGGGGGGUUACUUUGAUUAUCAUUACCCACAGGAAGACUUUUCCGCCUUUGCUGCGGCGAUUGACGUUAUGUCUACCCAGAGGGCUUUUGUACUGCCCGCUAUGCCACCAACACGCUUUCUACGGUCUCCAAGGGCCGGGGAUGGGCAGGGAUUCCAACCUCACCAUAACCAGAACCACCACCAGCAGCAGCGGGAGGCGUCAGAGAGGGACUUUAUCCGCCGUGACUCCUGUCCCGGCCAGCUCUUGGACGCAUUUAGUUCUAUAGAUCUCCCUGAACAGGCCAAGAACGGGCUUCCCGGGAUCGAAAAUGAACUCACUCCCGAAGCAGAGCCGUCCCACCAACAAUCCCUCGCGAACCGCCGCAAAGCACCAACGCCAACACCUCUCGGCACCGCCAGCCUGCGAAACUCUUUCUUCACCCAACCCACCGCACCACCACCACCACACUCCUCAACCCUCCCCUCCUCCAACCUCUCCCUCCCAGCGACCUCCAUGCGCCGCAUAAAAUCAACUUCCUCUACAACUCAUACUGCCCUCUCCAGAUUCUCCCCACCAAGCUCACCCCCCAUCACGGCCGUGCAGGCCAAAUCCUUCAAUGGGCUGCUCUUGGAUGGUCAGGACUGGGACAUGGAGGAGGAAGCUGACCCCACGGCAACCAUUCGUCCGCGCACCGCCAGCUCCGGCGCCACAGUCGGAAAAGCCUUUUCCCUAGCAAACUUUUUUAAGGUGGAAGCCCCACCAACGCCGGUUUCUCCUGCCGAUGCUAGUGGAGUCAGUUCGUCUUCAUCCCCUCCCACCACCACCACCGUCAACAGCAAUGGCAGCAAAGCGGAAGCAGAAAUGUCCCCACCAGCGACCCCAGCGAACCAGCAAUGCACCAGCGCCGGUGACACCUCAACUACCCUCCGCGAGGCUGAUUUCGAAACGGCGCAGUAUAGUAUUUGUACUUCUCUCCCGUCGCUGUCAUCUGGCGUGCCCAGAACGGGUGGGGGGGAGUUUUGCAAUGGUGAUGCUGGUAGUAUUGUGGGGUUUGGGGGCGGGGGGCAGGAGUUUGGUGCGUUUGCUGCGGAAGCUGGUGGGAAGGAGGAGGAGGCGUUCCCGUUCGAGAGGUAUCUGGCUACUGCUAGGAGUGGGAAUGGGGAGGGAAUUUUCUAGUUUUCCUUUCUUUGGACUUGGGUGGUUGCUUGACUUGGUAUUACUACUGCUGUUUUCAUUUCUUUGCUUUUGUAUGGGCUUUCCUUUUUCAUUUCUUUUCGUUAUUCGGUUGGGUGGUGGAGUUUUUUCGAGUUUUUUUUUAUCAGUCUAUAUAGUUUUUUUAGUUUCUAGUCUUAUGUUACUUUCUUUGACUAUUCCAUUCCUACCUUACCCGUACUUGGCUAUAUCCUGCUCCUACUUAACUUAACCUUUUCUACAAUUUCUCGUUUUUCCUCUAAGAAGCAAAGUUGGAAGAAUGGUACACGAAAUAACUCUACAAGUAUAUUUUAUAUUCUUUAGUCCAGCCAAACUAACGCAAGUACUUGCCGUAGUCUCCUAUGACUACCUUAAUCUCCUUUUCUUUUGUGUCUUUUUCAAGUAUGAAGUGCACCAAGAACCUCGAAGGUUUCUGUGUGACCUUUGACUAACCAAUACGCAAGUUACCGGUAGUCAUCGUGCCAGUAGUAGCGGCAACUAGGAAAGUGAAAGAAUGUGAUGGUCCGGGUCAGCUGGAUUAGCAAAUACAAUGUCUGUAAUUUUCGCAUCAGCCUUGCACUUUUUUUCCUUCUUUUUUUCUGUUUCUAUCUCGUAAAGUGGGAGUCAUCCAUUCGGUCAGUCAGUCAGAUUUCGACGUGGUAGGGCUGGAGCGGAACAGAACAAAAUCGUAAGAAGUGAAAUUCAAGCGCCGAAAGACGAAACAAAAAAAAGAACUAAAACUUGACUUCUACAGCAACUAGUACGAGUAC